ACGUUGAUGCAAAAACUGCAACUCUAUUAACAAUUUAAUUUAUAUAAAACUUUUUUUUAAAUUUAGCAAUAUAUGUUUAAUAUUAAAAUAUGGAAUUGAUAUAUUCAAUGAGGCGCAAGCCUCUGAAAUAUCCACCGCCUCAUUUCGAAAAUCCCUUAGAUGCGGAAGUGGUGAGACCCAUUUGCACGAUAUCAAAUUCGAAUAUAAUUGCAUUUUCGUCUCCGACUGAGUUGUCGGACUCCGAUGGCAACACCUGGGGUGGUCAUGUGUAUGUUUGUGACUUGGAUACACCGUGGGAUAGUCACAAAGUUACAAGUACCCCAUAUCCUAUAUCUACACUUGAAUGGGAUAAUGAAGGCAAGCAACUGCUGGUUGCGACGACGGACGGAGAUGUGUCUGUGUUUGGUCAGAAGGAUUAUCUGCUCAAUGAAUGGCAAUGUUUGUACACAGCACAGUUUCCUGGUGAGCAAAUUAUAAAAGCAGUUUUUUUCCACAAUGGACGACGUUUUGUGUUAAUGGACAAGAAGCCUGAUGCACCAAUUACUGAGAGAAUUCAGAUGUCCAGGUCCACACCAACCCUCAAGGGAUUUGGCGGGGUGGCGUGCGAAGGUGCGUUCGUGCUGACAGCGUCUGGUCUGGCGGCUGCGCUGACGCCCCCGCAGGGCUCCGCUGACGGCGCGCGAGCCACCGUCGCCUCCGAGUCCCUCAGAGGGCGCCACCACAUCAUCUGCGCUGACAUCGCUCACAAGACUGGUAGCGUGGUGGUGGCGGCGGGCGGUCGCGCGGCGGUGCGCGUGUACGUGUGCGCGGUGGCGCGGCCGCCGGGCCGACCCCCCGCGGCCGCCCUCCACGUGCAGCCGCUGCCCACCAUCUUCCUGCCCGCGGACCACGCGCCGCCAGUGUCGAUAACUUGGUGUCUGCGAGAGGACACCGACUCCCUGAUGAUAGCCAGCAACAAGCUGACGCUGUGGAAGCUGACAGAGCGGUCGCAUCCUGUACACAAGCUACUGGCUAAAGGUCCAUUACAAGGCAGCACCACUCCUGGUAGUAAUCAGAAGCCGCCAUCGGACUGCUUCAAUACUGUAGUGUGGGUGCAGACGGGCGCGUGGCCCGUGGAGGGCGGCGCCGUGCAGGUGUCGUGCGGCCGACCCCCGCCCGCGCUGCUCGCCACCACGCGCGCACUCCACUUGCUGUCUCGGGAUUCCCACCAUUAUAUAUGUUCCCGCCCGGUGGUGACGGUCGGCUCUGGAGAGCCUGCCGGGGCCGCCACACCACCCAAGAAGACCAAGUACGGCGCAGGAAUACCUGCUGGUGAACCAGCGCUGGUGUCCAGCGUGCAGGUCUCAGUGCUGGGUGGAGUCGCCAUCUGCUUGGACUCCCUCGCUCAACUUCAUGUCUACAGACUGCCUCAGCCCUGGAGCGACAUGCCAUCUCCAAUGUCGCUGCAGCAGGCCACGUCACUCCUGGAGUAUGCCAUGGUAGCUGGAUACGAUUACCUGGAUAUACUGCUCACACUCAAAUCUAACAUGAUGGAAACAGUUUACGAGAGAUUGACGGAGUCGUUCCAGAGAUAUCCGCAGCAUUUCCAACAAUAUUACUAUCAUAGUUGGCUGAAAGUGAGAACUGCUUUGUGCAGGUCGGUGGCGGGGUGGCAGUGCGGCGCGGCGUGGCUGGCCAGCGCGGGGUGGGUGGCGGCCGCGGGCGCCGCCGCCGCCGCGGCCGCCCCCCGCGACGACCGCGCCGACCGCGCCGACCGCGCCGACCUCCCCGACCACGCGCUCGCCGCGCUCCUCGACGACUCGCCCGACGCAGACAAGAUAUUGUUAAGUCUGGAAGCGAAGACAGAAGUCUGUAGCGAAGCGUUGUCGCUUCAAGCGCUGCGACGUCCGCUGCAGCGCGCGCUGGAUGUAGCGCUAACAGUGCUAGCUGCACUCCCACACCAUCACCAUGGUCAUACGCACGGGUACGAUAUAAUAACGGAUCCAUCUGCUAUAACCCUGCUCCGCAAGCUGGUGGUGGUGGUCCGCGCCAGUGGCCGCGGGGGCGAAGCCCUAAGUCGGCCGCUCUCCCGACUCGCCUCCGGGACGCAACUCAAACAGGAUCUCAUUGAGGAGUGUGCAGCGUUGGCAGCGCAGAUUCCGUCUCCACGGGUGUGGGAGUCACUCCCGAGGUGUACAGUGUCUGCACCUCAUCUCCGACCCUGGCCUUUCUAUUUAGAAUAUGGCGUCGAACCAGAGGCGUUACGCUACACACCUGAACCACCCGCAUAUGCGCAAGGCGACACUACACCAUCGACAAAUAUGGACUCUAUUAGGUACAUGUACCUGGGCGGAGGCAGCCUGGCGGCGCGGUGGCGCGGCUGCAGCCGGUGCGGGGCGCGGGCGCUGUCCGCGGCGCAGCCCGCGCGCCACCCGCUGCAGCGAGCCUACGACGCCCGGUUCUUACCCGCCUGCAGAUGCGGUGGAAAAUGGACUUUAUUCUCUAACGUAUAAUAUAAGGAAUAAAGAUG